AUGGCACAAGAACUAAAUAAGCCUAAAUCAGAAAUUCAGAAGUUUGAAGGGAAUCCAAUGGACUACCAGAGAUUCAUUAGACAGUUUAAUACAAGGGUGUGUGCUAAUACCAGCUCAUAUGAAGAACGUUUGAACUUUCUUCUGCAAUUUACCAGUGGUGAGGCUAACAGAAUAGUGACUGGAUAUUCACACUUAAAUGCUGAAGGAGGAUACAAGGCAGCGAUGGAUGAAUUCAAAGAUCGAUAUGGUGAUCCAGACAUUGUUGCGCAAGCUUAUAUGAAAAAAGCAUUGAAUUGGUCAUCAAUAAAACAAGACAAUGCAAGGGGACUUGAUGACUAUGCAAUAUUCCUUACCGAGUGUCAGCAUGCUGUCAAUAACGUAGCCAGCGCUAGAGCCUUAGAGUAUCCAGAGAACAUGAAACUUAUUAUAAAGAAACUUACGUUCUACUUGCAAGAAAAGUGGCGAAAUGCUGUGUACGAGCUCAAAGACAGAAGAGAAGUUGUGAAGUUUGAGAACUUAGUGAAGUUUGUUCGUAAGGAAGCUAAAAAGGCCAACGACCCUAUCUAUGGAAGAGAAGUGAUGAAUAUCUCAACGUCUUCAACCCACGGACAGAAUGUUAAACCAGCCACAUUCUCAAAACAGAAAGGGAACUUUGCAACUAAGACCGUGGAAUCUCAUCUAUCUACAAACAAUUAUGCAUAUGAACAACAUAGACCAAAAUCAUCUGGAUUUAUGAAACCAUGUGCUUAUUGUCAAGGCACAUCACAUUCAUUGGAAGAGUGCAGGAACAUUAUGAAGUUACCCCUAAAGGACAGAUAUGAAGUGUUGAAGUCUAAGGGACUGUGUUUCUCGUGUUUGAGAUCAGGACAUUUUAAGGGAGCCUGUCAACACAAGUUAUACUGCGUUCACUGUAAGAAGUGUCACCCAUCUAUACUUCAUGUGAAUCCUCGACAAGGCAAGGAAAACCCAGUGACUACUGAUCAAAACAAUAACAGCUCAUCUGCAGCCGUUUCUUCAACAGCGCAUAAGGGGGCUGGGGACUCAGUGAGGCAAGCGCUUCCGGUCAUACCAGUACGUCUGAAAUCAAGAAACAGUGACAAAUUUAUUACAACUUAUGCUUUCUUGGAUUCUGGGAGUACAGCGACAUUUUGUACAGAGGAAAUCGCAAGAUCACUUCACCUUGAAGGCAAAAGGACUGUGCUUAACUUAACAACCAUGGGACAGCAGAGGACAGAAAACUGUUGCAUUCUAUCUGGUCUUGAAGUGAGUGAUUUAAAUGGUGAUCACACAAUUGACUUACCUCCUAUAUACACUCAACCGGAUCUGCCCAAAUCCAAGAAAGACAUUGUUACGCCCGAGGACCUACAAAGAUGGCCGCAUCUGCGUGAUGUACAUAUUGACACAAUAGAUAGUGAUGUUGGUUUGUUGAUUGGAGUCAACGUACCGAAAGCAAUGGAGCCAUGGGAUGUGAUUACUAGUGUACACAAAGGUCCAUUCGCUGUUAAGACUCUGUUAGGAUGGAUACAGACGGGAAUGAUUCCCUUUCCGUUACCAUGUGAAAAGACUUACUAUGGAUCCGCGUCCUCGAUUGCAAACAACUCCAUUGGAUGUGAUACACGAAAAGCUAGAUCUACUGGGCAUGUCAACAGAAACAACUUUGUGAUUGUAAGAUUUUCUUGA